GCCAGCAGCAGAGCAGUCGUCAGACACCAUUCAUUCAAGUCAUUCGAAUCAAUCGAAAUUUUCCGUGCUGGUUCUGUGCGUGUAAAAAGUUCGGUUUCCGUGCGCGUAAAACAGGGCUUUGCGUCGCGAAUCGUGUUCCGCAGUGCCUUCGGAAUCGGGUUUACCCGUCCCGUCGGGAUGGGUCCAUACUUUAUGGCCGAUUUUCCGGUUUGAAAGUGAAGAAAUUUCUCUGGAUUGUAGUUUUUUUUUCCUCUUGCAUUCGCCGUCUGUACGCUUUCGGUUCGGGGCUAGGCCAAAAGACUACGAAGAAGAAUAACAAUAAUAAUACGAGGCAGUACGGGUAUGUGACAAAAAGGAACAGCUAUAGAUUUUGCAUUUCUCGUGUUCGUUGCGCGAGUGUGUUUGUGCGCAGUGUCCGAUCGAACCAACACGAUUGCGUGUCAAGAGUGGUCUGGUGACGAGGUAGCGGCAUUUCGGGAAUGCUCGUAUCAAUAAUCGUUUUUAACAGUGUUAGUGUUGCAAGCCCUUCAUACGCCCGAGGAAUACCAACAAUAGCAAUCCAUUUGCUGCCCACCUGGUGGAAGUGUGCGUGAUCGGAAACUGCUAGAACGCUAGUGUGUGUAUGUCUGCUGAUCUUUCAGCCCUGCUUCAGCACAACACCAAAAACAUAACAAUCUCUGGUUGUAUAUGUGUCCGGCAUCAAUCGUAAUAACAACACCAAUAGUAUGCUGCUGAAUGCGUGUGCAAAGGAAGAGUUCAGUCUAUCGUCGCGAGUGGACCCAUGAAGAAAAACGUCUGGUUGCCGUCGUCGUAGUUGUCGUUGUUUUUGUGAAGCCCAGUCACUAAGCUAGCCUCUCUACAUAUGGAGUAGUUUGACCACAGCGAACAAGCUGACGAUUGGAAUUUCGCCAGAAAGUGUGCCUUCAUCCUGCGGGAGCUUCCAGCCCCCCGCUCGUGGUUCCAGGGAAAAAUAUUUCCAUUUCAAUAGAGAGAUAAGAGAAAAAGUGUAAUUAUCGAAAGUGCGGAUAUAUUUCCUAGCCGUUGUCAUCGGUAGAGGAUAGUGUGGACUGGUCGGAUGCCCCCACCACGGUACCGUUGUGCGUUGGAAGUGAAAAUGUAGACCGCAAAGUGAAAUUUUCCAACCCAUCCCCCAAUUAUCCAAAGUGAAAAUCGAAGCAGAGAUAUCGAAAAAAGCGAAAAUCAUAAAAAAGUGAGAAGCAAUAGGUAGCAGCCGAAGAAAAAAUUGUGUGCAUAUCCGUGUGUAUUGCCAGCCAGAAAAUUUACACGUUUUAAGUAGGAAGAAAAGUAUCCGAGCUCGAGUGGAGUGUGUAAAGCGAAUUGAAAAAAAAAUAGAUCCCUUGUGCCCUCCUAUACCGUUUAUUCGGGUUUGGGGGGUUUUCCCUUCCAGCGCUCGUAAUACAUACAGCAAAAGCUAUCCAGAGCUUCAGUGUACGGAGCGUUCCAAGCAAACACACUCUUGAAUUAGACGGAGUGUGUCUCAUGCAUGGCACAUGCCUUACAUCGAAAGUAAUCAACACCACCGUUCAGCACGACGUUCCACGUUCGAAAGCCGGAACCGCUUCGAAGUCUGGAAUUUUGUGCAUGGAAAUUGUUUUGCCAACGUGCGGGACUAGUAGAAUCGAUUCGUUUUAAUGGAUAAUAACAUCCCAUCGACUGGACCGACUGAGAGGUCGCCUUUGCAUCACAGCCGCACAUCAUCCAGCAGUAAUCUCAAUGGUAACGCUGCCACUCACCGCCAGAGGCCUCAGACGCUGACACCGACCCGCGACUCGCCCAAGAAUGCUCCCGUCCCGAUGCUCACGCUGGUGCUGACAGUCAACCAGGAUGCCAACGGGUACGGCAUGAAGGUUUCCGGAGACAAACCCGUGUUUGUCGAAAGUGUGAAACCAGGUGGCGCAGCGCAAAAGGCCGGUCUGAUGGCCGAGGAUAUGAUACUGAAGGUUAAUGGAACAUCUGUACGAUCCUCGACGCAUACGAACGUGGUGGAGUUGAUCAAAGCUUCCGACAUUGUUGAACUGACGGUGCAGCGAAGUAAUAACAGAAUGCAGCGGCCAUCGCCUUCCACGACGUCCAUCACACCGACGACGCCGAUCGCACCGCGGAAUUCCAUCACAGCUCCGGUCCCCGUUGAUCACGCCAAACAACGGGAGAUGGAAUUCCACAAAAUCAAAACCCUGCGGCUGAUGCUAGAGCAGGAAAAGAAGAACCUGGAGAAUCUGAACUCGAGCCACAAGCAGCGAACGCCGGAGAGUGUCCGGGCGGAAGCCACCAUCAAGAAGCUCCAGGAAGAGCUCGCCCAGAUGUGUGGAGAGGAUACCUCAUAUCCACCAUACUCAUCAGCAAACUCACCACUCUUUCCGCAACCUCAAGCCCAGAACACUUCCACUCCAGCAUUCCUAUCCCGAUUUCCCCGAUCACUUUCUUCGCUCAGUCUCGGAACGAAAAAGAAAUCCACCGAAAAAGACACCAAUAUCAGUUCGCCUAACGCAUCGGGAGGUACAACCGGAGGGCAGGGAACUCCGGAGUGUCUUAGUCCUACUGGUGGGGCUCACCUGAGCCACGGGCAUGGACACUUCGGUUCCGGCGGGAGUGCGGGAACACCAACGAAGAAAAAGUACACCAGUGUCAGUGUGGCGGAUCGUAAUCACAAACACCAGCAACAGGACACUCCGCCACCGCUUCCGCAGAGAAACAUUCCAAAACGUUCGGAAUCCUCACUGGAUUCGGUGGACACCGUUGGGACACGACGGAACAUUGUGGUGUCCGAUUUGGAUCAUUCCGUACUAGCUGCUGCUCCUCCAGGCAGCGGAACGAAUAAGUGUGUUAAUAACAACAACAAUGUGAGUUCCGGUGGUGGCGGAAGCAGCAAAGGUAGUAGUAAAUCUAGAAAGAAGAAAAACAGUAAUUUAUCGGAGAUGAAAGCCGAACAGACGAUGUACCAUCACGGUACGGAACGCGGAGGUGGUGAGUUACAAGCGGAACCUCCACCGUUACCACCACGACAGCCGGGUAUGAUGGAGGUCAAUCAGAACAUAAUCCUUAACAAUGACAAUGUUGCAGCAUCGUUUGGUAGAGAUUGCAACAGCAAUAACAGCAACAACAACAACCACAGCCGGGUUAAUAGUCCGGAGGCCCGACCCCCACCGAACAGUAUUAACACAUUGAUGAACUACCCCUUGAUCACAACUUGUACUCCGGUACGGGACAAUAUUAUGGCGGCGGCGUUUCCCCUCUCGCAAAGACCCAACAUCGUUCACCAGAUGCAGCAGCACCAACAAGCCGCACUCAACGCAACUCCGCCAUCGGCUCACAUGAAUCAAUCCAUCAGCAAAAAACACCGCCGAAUAGUGUCCUCGCCGGAGAACAUCAGCCCCAAAGAGUACAGCGAUCAUUCGGCGGGGCUGGUGCCUCGUCAUCAGAAAACCUCGUCCGAUUCGUGGGAUAAACGGUCCCAGGAGAUCACUCCUCCGGGGACGCCACCUCCACCGUACCCGAGUUCUUCGUAUCUCGGCAGUGGUGCUGGUGGUGGCAGCGGACACUUGCAUCACGAUCACACCACUGCCGGCGAUUUGGCAAUAGUAGCAAGCAAUCUUCUUCACCAGCAUUCAGCCCAGGCGGGAACGACGAUAAUGGCGGCGCAAGCCAACGUCGCCCAGAAGCCGAUCAUUUCGAUGGAAGACGACGAAAUCUCCGAUCAGGAAAGCUUCAUCGAAGAACAUGGUCCAUUCCGGUCGCUAUUGCAGCUGCUGGAACCGGCACAUUCGGCGCAUUUAGCAGUAUUUUUAAACUUUGUACUUUCCAACUCGGAUCCUUCGCCGCUGCUCUUCUAUCUGAUAACGGCUCUGUACAAGGAGGGUAGCAUCAAGGAUAUGCGCAAGUGGGCGUACGAGAUCCACUCGACAUUUCUGGUACCCGGAGCGCCUCUUCUGUGGCCUAACGUGGACGAAUCGCUUGCUCGCGAGAUUGACGACAUUCUGCAGAAAGAGAACGACAAAGUGGAAAUCCUACGGCGGGUAUUCUACAAGAGUCGUAAUAAGGCCCGCGACUACAUCAAUAUCCAGUUGCAAGAGUUUCAGGUGAAGCGAACAGCUGGUCUCGGAACGAUGUACGGGCCAACUGACCAACAGCUACAGAUCGCCAAAGGGGACAAAGUCAAGGAACAGCGGGUGGUGGAAGAAACGUUGCUACCGAAACUACAGCAGUAUUUAGAAGAGAUCGAGAAGGAAUCGCCGAAGGAAUGCCCGAAAAAACUGGCACUCUGCUCGGCUUUAUCUACUGUGUUACAGCGUUUUUUCGUAACCCGUUCGAAUCCCGGUAGCCCGAUCGACAAGGUGCACCAUUUUGUCAGUCGGGAGAAGAGCUUCAAGAGUCGAUUGAUGGCGAAGAACCGCAAGCAAGACAUUCUCGGGCACAACCUACGGCUUCAGCCGUACUAUGAGGUGACGCGAUGUAACCACUGCCAGAACAUACUCUGGGGUGUCAGCCCUCAAGGAUAUCACUGUUCAAAUUGUGAACUCAAUAUCCACCGAGCCUGUGCAAAAGAUCUGAACGAAUGCUGUCCGGGACCGCCGCUGCUGAAGAACGAUAGCAGCAAGAUAACGAAGCUGAUGGAGAAGAUAUCGAGCCGGAAUCAUCAUCAAGCUGAUAAAACGAAACGGCAUGAUGAUGAUGGUGCCGGUGAUGAUACAUUGGGUAGCGAUCGUCCGACCAGCACAGCACUGGCCCGACAACCCUCGGACCGGAGGCAGGACUUCAACAACAGUAGUUACUUGGGCAACGUUAGUUCCUACUCGGAUUACCUGAGCAAUUCCACUGCUGAUCCGGACACUUUUGCGCAAAGUGUCGACAAUGAUCAGUUCCGGGAAAGUGUCAAAUCCAAAUCAGCCCCGGUCUCGGUGAACCGGUCCGAGUCAUACAAGGAACGAUCGCAGAAGAAAACCAGAAAUACCCGCCGGAAAACGUCAGACCCGAGUUUGACGAAAACGACUGAUGAACAGAAUGAGGCCUCUUCGCUGAUCAACAACUAUUCCAGCGGUUCCACAUCUAGUCUUCCACUUGCACUGGAUAGUAGAUCGACUUCACUCGAGGCAGUAGGCGGCGUUCCGGUGGGCACCUCGGCUGGUCCGGGAGUCCCCGGUGGAACGGCGGUUCCGUGUUUAAAUGCAUCCGUGACGGCCAACAGUUCCGGACUAUUCAGUUCCCCAGGUGGGCCGGGUAAUGUCUCGAACCUAAGCACCGGUACCGGAAUCAUUCUCCCGACGGCCCGCGAAUGGGUGGACAGUGAGGAUGAAGGUAACCUCGAGCCGGAAGCGGACUGGAGUUCCAACAUACCGGCAGAAAUACUCGCGACGCUCUGUAGUGCUGAAAAGAAACGACAGGAGGUGAUAAAUGAAAUCUACCAAACCGAGCGUAACCACGUACGAACGCUCCGGUUACUGGAGGGAAUAUUUAUGCGUCCUCUGCAGGAGUCUGGUGCGUUGCCUAAUGAGUUGCUGCAGUUGCUGUUUCCGCCUUCUCUGCGGAAACUGCAGGAGCUGCACACUACCUUCGAAGGCCAUCUUAAGCAGCGACGGAUUGAGCACUGUAAUAUUGUGCAGGAAAUCGGCGAUUUGCUGAUGCUGAUAUUCGAUGGCCAGUCUGGCGAGGAUCUGAAGGAGCAUGCCGCCUACUUCUGUGCCCGGCAGCAGAUCGCCCUGGAGGCGCUCAAAGAACGCCGGAAAAAGGAUGAAAACCUUCAGCGGCUGCUGAUCAAGGCCGAAUCGCAUAAGGCCUGCCGGCGACUCCAGCUGAAGGACCUCUUGCCGACGGUGCUGCAACGAUUGACAAAGUAUCCGCUGCUGUUCGACAACCUGUUCAAUUUUACCGUACGGGUCCAGCCGGACAACGAGGCGGAAGCGCAGGCAAUCCGGAAAGCACUCGAGUCGUCCAAGCGAAUAUUGGAUCACGUCAAUCAGGCGGUCAGAGCUGAGGAGGAUUCACAUAAACUAAUUUCAAUUCAACGUAAAUUAGAUAAAAGUGGUUUAGAUAAGGACGCUUCUAGUGAAUUUAGGAAUAUAGACUUAACGGUACGCAAACUAAUCCACGAUGGACCGUUAACAAUGAAAAAGAAUCCUGGAGUCCAACUGCAUGGAUUGCUGUUCGAAGAUAUGAUGGUUUUAUUGCAAAAACAGGACGACAAAUACCUGUUGAAGUAUCACUCUAGUCCCGGUCUCGGUGGUAGCGAAAGCAAAAUCACCGAAGGCCGCUUCAAUCCCAUCACCAAGAUCAAUCUGAUUCUGGUGCGGCAAAGUGCCGUCGACAAGAACACCUUCUUCCUGAUCAACACCAAUGUGUCGCAGAUGCUGGAGUUGACGGCACCGAGCAGUUCCGAAUGCAAAACAUGGUUUAAGCACAUCUCCGAUGCUGCAGAUGCCUACAAAGCCCGUACCAAAGGAACGCACGAGUACAGCGAGGACGCAUCGGCGAACGCCGGUCAGCCACCGAAGGACACCUUUGAGACGGUGACCGAAGCGCAAAAGAUCGAACAAACGUCGACCCCGAUCGACCGGUUAGAGCGCAAGGACAGUAGUCUUCAAUGUCGUGCCAUCAGCACAGGAGGAACCAGUACAACCGGCAACGCAAACAGUGGUCUCAACAACAACGAAGACACGCUGCCGAACAAAAAUCGGGCGGCAAACGAAAGCGAUGACAACGCCGAGAACGAGGAAAAGGAAAAGAUCAAAAGGCGCAGCGUGCUCGGUUCAGCGCAGGAAUACAACGGCCCCAAUGACGAUGAUCAAAAGGAUGAGGAUGACUACGGUCCGGACUAUCGAGGUCGGGGACUGAAUAAUACGCGUACCCUGACGCAGCAGUGUUCGCUGGUGGCACCGAGUGAGAUUCACGUCAGUAUUAGCAACACGCUGACCGCUGAGCCGAUGUUGACACCUUCAGAAAAACUCCGCCGACUUGAUCUGGCAAUCCGCAAAACGCUGGUCGAGAAGCAGAGGGUUGUUUGUGAUAUGUUCAGAGUGCCAGAUGAACAUUUCCUGGCGAUCGCGGAUAUCGCUGGCCAGCCGGAAGCACCCCAGAAAGAACCCACGGACAUCAUCCUUGCCGCCUUUGCCCACAUCCAGUCGCUGACGGAUGUACUUAAUGAGCACAUGAAGGUAUCCCAGAGCCAGGAAAUUUCUGCUGUGUCCACAUCAGUCUGUGAUGAGUGCAAUCGUCGGAACGGUAGCGUGAAACUGCUUCCCCUGACAGCCACCAAGUCUACCAUUGCUGCUACGGGUGGACCGGAAUUGAACGGGUCCACGGUUGAACCUAUCAAUAAUAACGUUGGCGUGCCACCCACUAUAGGAAUCCCACCGAUCGCUUCCGUACUAGAGAACGACCAAAUCAGCAUUACCGAGGACGAGGAUGGCUACUGCGAAAUCGAUGAAGUUAGAGCCACCGCUGUUCUACUCGAAUCUCAGCUUCUAGAAGCACAAGCAAGGAAACUGGCGGCGGAAGCAGCUGCCAUUGCGGAAGCAAAAGCUACCGAUCCCGCCACGCUCGACGAUAGCGGCGGCAUCAAAACGCCGGAUUCGCAUUUUGAAAUAAACGAUAAUUAUGAUACGACACAGAAUCACCUACCACCGAAACAUCCCGGAUUUGAUAUGUGCGGUCGAAAUCGGCUACUGCACGCAUCGGUUAUUGCCCCGACCAUACCGUGCCAUCUGAUAGCGAACUACGUAACUGGUCUAAAUGCGCAAAUAUCACAGCUGUUGCCAAAAAUUAGCGAACGUGAUUUAGAACGAGAGCAACUGAGAAGGGAAAAUCAGCAUUUACGGGAACUACUAAAUACAAUGCAUCAGGAGAGAGUUUUAGAAUCGCAAGAAACUACUGAAGUACCCGUGACUGAUCCUGAACAGCAGUCGCAGCAAGAACAGCAGCAGACUUCGGAAAGUCAAUCACCAUCAGCAACAGAAACCACCAGUACUACCAGUGCUGUACAUGAGUGAAAUUCCAUUACACCAACUAAAUGUAAACUCAAGCCGGAUAAACAAAAAUGUGCAAAUCACGGAACUCGCUGUCGGUGUCGGCAUUUUGGAAUGGUUAGUGUUAACUUUACCAUGGCGCUCCUUCCACUGCCCAACUAACCAUCUGGUUAGUUCGGCGGCCGUGUUCAUGACCAUGGAUAGUGGAAGAAGGCGCGUAAACCUAUUGUUAGAAAACCGAUGGAAUUGGAUGGCCUUAAACAGAUAACAACAACAACAGCAACAAGUAUGUAUGUUUUAACGUGUUUUUGUAUACUCGAAUAUUUGUCGUCAAAAAGAGCAAGUUUAGUCAGAACUAUUUUGGACGAUAAUAAACUUUUUGGGAUGCCCAGCAAAUGAGCGUGCAUCCAGUAUUUGAUCGUCGCAUCGUAGACAACUAGAAAAGAUUACCCACAAGCAAUUUUUCAACGGCAAAUACGAUGCCAUCGAUAAAAAAGAGAAAAGGAAGCGUAACGAGCACCAGCAGCGAAAUGAUUAUGUUGAGUUAAUUUAUUUUGUGUACUUUUUAUAUAAAUGUUGUUUUUUGUUUUAGUUUAUUUAACUUUCUAGUGCAUUAUAUCAACUAUUUCCAUCGUGAAUGCUUAAAGUGAAAAUUUAAUAAAGAGAAGAUGUAAACGUAAAUUCCGCUAGUACGACUACUAUUUCUACUCAUGCUUUUUAAGUAUCAUUUUUUUAUUCUUGCGGAAAGGGUGUUUAGUUCGACUGGAGAAAAGGAACACAUUUUUUUUUUCAGAAAAUGUGAUUCUUGUAAAUUCCAUCUUCGUUUCCACAGUCACACGCAAACGGGAGAAGGUAGAAUCAAAGAGAAAAAAAACCCGAACCUAAAAUAGCAAAGCAAAGCAAAGAGCAUUACAAAACAAAUUUAGCCGUUUAUGUAUUAUUUAAGUUAUCAUUAUUUUUACACUAGUAGGCAAACAUAGUUAGAGCGACAGAAAGCAAAUAACCGUCGUAAAGAUGAACUGUAUGUUAAGAUAUUUUGUUUAUUUUUAUCAUAAUUUUAUCACAACUUUUGAAUGCAAGAAUGCCGCAACAUAGAAGAGCUAUUAUUUAUUGUACAUUUUUUCCUCUGCCUGAAUUUAUAACCACUAUAAUUAGUGAACAUAUAUCACCUCUUUGACAGUGGAAGCAAGAGCAAAUAUUGCCAAUUCAAUUGAAACACUCAAGCAGAUCCUUAUAGAAAUGUAGUAAGUUGUAAAUAGAUCUAAAAAUGCACUCGUAAAAACAAUAAAAACGGAAAAUAACCUAAAA